GUGGAGGGGCGGGGGGGGCUCCAGGGGGUUAUAAAGGCCAUAGUCCAGAGAGGAGACAGGAGCAGAGAGCAGAGGGAGAUGGCAGGGAUGUGUGACGCCGAGGAGCCAGAUGGCUCCAAGGAGAUAUUUGAGAGCCGGCGAUCAAUGCAGAAAAACCUUGGGUUAUCCUGGAACUCCAGAAGCUUACCAGGAUGUCUGGCGCGGGCCCCUCUUGUGCUGCUUCUCACCGCGCUGGGCUUCUUCCUGCUCCUGGUGACCACUCUGGUUCAAGUCUCCAGGCUCCAACAGUCCCUGCAGGGAGAGAAGCCGGACCCUCAGGGGAGCCAGUGCUUGGAGGAUGUGUCUCAGAAGCAGAGACAGUCAGGCUUUGAGGACAUCCUCCAGCAACUGACCUGGAUGAAUGCCACCCUCGCUGGCCUGUGCCGCCCCUGCUCCUGGAAUUGGGAGUUCUUCCAGGGAAACUGCUACUUCUUCUCCCAGACCAAGGACGCCUGGAAAGCUUCCGUCGCCGCCUGCCAGGGCAUGAAGGCCCAGCUGGUGAUCGUCAACACGACUGAGGAGCAGAAAUUCCUGACCGUUUGGAAUGCUAGAAAGAACCAGCGCAUCUGGAUCGGACUCAGCGACCACCACAGCGAGGGGGCCUGGAAAUGGGUGGACGACACCCCACUCCUGCUCAGCUUCUGGCAGGAAGGGGAACCCAACAAUCAUGACAAUGAAGACUGCGGAGAGCUGAGCGGAAAUGGCUGGAAUGACAAUAAAUGUAGCACAGAAAAUUUCUGGACCUGCGAGAAGCCCUCGACACCCUGCCCUGAGCUCUGAGGGCCACCGUCCCGACCCCACCCCUCAUCCUGGCCCCCGGCCCCACCCACCUAGGGACCUAGGGUUUCCCCUUGGGCGAAUUCCCAUCCUCCUGAACCAAGAUCUUUGAAAUCCUUACAGUCUAACACCUCUUUCUCCUCGAAGGGCCGUUUCUCAAUAGUCUGUAGACCACCUUUCUUCUUCCGUUGGUGGUCUCAGCUCCCUGCCCCCUCAUGACACCCCGUUAAUAAAGUCACACGUUGCUGUAUGCA